AUGUUUUUCAUUAGAAGUUCCCUUUCGAGCACAAGAAAGUUGUUCCGAAGAACCCUGCAGAGUGUCAAGUCUUUGUUUAGCGAAAGGACAACUUACCAAAGGCUUCCGAAACCCCCUUCUUUCAGACAGUUCUCUUGUCAAAGUUAUCGAGAUUUGGACAGAUUCUACUCGGAGUUCACCAACCUGUGGGACAACGAGUUAGCUGUGGAGGACAACGUAGUCGUAUCAACAUCCCCGAAAAGGGAAAUACUUCAGAAUCUGGAAGAAUUCAGAGAUGAUCGUUAUAGGUUGAUCGCGUAUGAAGAGAUGUUGGAGAAAGAUGUGAUCGAAAGAAGAUGUUUGGUGGCGGAAAAGCUCAAGGAGCUCGAAAUGAUCGACUCGAACAAUCUGGAAAAUGCACGAGAUAUCGAGGAAGUUCUUCAUCUAUACUCUCUUCUUACUUGUCCGGUUUAUAUCGACAUGUUCGACAAAUUUGUCACAGACAUGUACUCAGACAUCUUCAAUUUGAAAGUAUCAUCGGAUCCGAAGAGGAAUAGGGUGAUUUCUUGA